UGAACCUGAAAAAAUCUCUAAACCAGUGACCCCAAGGAAAGUUAAGCCAUGUGUUUUAAAGGCUGACAGUGUUACACCUGAGGAACCUGUCAUAGUUGAAAAGCCUCAGGAGAUGGUUUUUCCAGUAGAAGAGCCCAAACCCUUAACUCCAGUUGUUCGUCCAAAGACCCCUGCACCACAACACGCCACACCUCAGCCCCCACCCAGGGAACCUUCCCCAGAACUGCCAGCAUUCCUCAAAGAAUUUGCUGACACAGACUGGUUUAAAGACCUAUACCCUGAUGAUAAGUCUGUCCUGACCACCCUGUCUCCAGAUGACUUUUCCCUACAACUGCUGGCCUAUUUCAACACCUGCGCCGCUACUGCUCCAUCCAGGAUUACGAUCCUUGCUGCAUUGCAGACGCUGCACAUGCAUGGUCUCAUACAGAAAAUAGACAAGCUUCACCAAGACUUGAUUGACUCAGUGCCCAGAGCAGUGAAACCUCACAUGUCACCCUAUGAACAGGCUGUGCUUGGACAAAUGCUUCAUCUGAUGACGUGUCUGAAACCUGCUGGCUCUAAACUUGUGAUAAACCUUCUCACUCUUCUCGCCUACAAAAAUCUGGGCCUCCGAGGAAGAAUUCUGCGCAUGAUCACAGCUUUAGGUGUUGAUGAGGCUGAACAGUGGCUGUGGCCGGAGCUGGAGAGCUGGGAGUCAGAGCUUCCGAACCAGUGUGAUGUCUGGAAGAGCCUCCAUAACAGAGCAGAAAACUGGCUGGAGAUAUGGACCUCCAAAUACAAAGAUUGUAAGAGGUACCUGUUCCUCAAGAGAACAGAGGACCGGAAGCCAGCAUCAUUCUCUGUGGUAGAUGUGCUGAAUUACUUCUGCUCUGUCCAGAAAGAGGCCAAAAGGACUGCACCAGCUCGUGUCAGAAAUACAGUACUUCUACCUCUUUAUGACUGUGUUUCUCACCCAAUCCAUCGUCUUGGAGAGACGUAUAGCAUGGCCAGGAUACGCAAACCACAAGGCUUAAUCCUGCCUCCCCUUCGAAACCGUCCAUCACUCAUGCACUUCCCCAAGUUCAUUUCUUUGCCUUUACCUCAUAUUACCCUCUCCCCCUUUCACAUCUACUCAGACGAGGACUGGCUGAAAGCCCCCUAUCGCCGCUACUUUAUCCAGCAACAGUCACAUGUCGAGUACUACAGAUAAUGCCUCAGUCUGGCAUUU